GCCGUUGAGCGAGCAAUGGUCCAAUUCGAGUCGCUUGAUCAUGAGUCGAGUACCCUUCCAGCCCUUGAGCCUCACAUCCACAAGUGGCUACACGCUGUGGUCGUGCUUGGCUUCUUGUCAUUCUUUACAUCCAUCACUCUGAUCUUUUUGCUCACAUACCGCCUGAUACGAUGGCAGCUCAAAGCAAAACGCACCUCCCAAUUCGUCUUCCUCAUCUUUAACCUCCUGUGGGCCGAUAUCCAACAGUCACUGGCCUUUCUGCUCAACGUGGAAUGGCUCAGGCUGGAUUCCGUCGUCGUGGGGAGUCCCAUCUGCUUCACCCAGGGCUGGUUGAUCUCCACCGGUGAUCUCAGCUCGGGCGUGUUUUGUACCGCUAUCGGCUUUCACACUUUUGCAUCAGUCAUCUGCAACUAUCGAUUGAAGCAGAGGAACUUCUACUUGACCAUCUUGGCGCUUUGGGUGUUUGUCUACAGCAUAUCCGCAAUCCAAGUCAUCAUGUAUCCGCGCGACAUUUACGUGCGAUCUGGCGUUUGGUGCUGGGUCCAUCACGACCUCAAAGACCUUCGUCUGUGGACCCACUACAUCUGGAUCUUCACCUUUGAGUUUGGCAACGUCAUCAUAUACGCCCUCAUGUACUACAUCCUGCUCAACCGCAUUCGCAGUGGGUACUACACCGAUACCGAGGCCCAGCGCGUACGAUCGAUUGCCAACCUAAUGAUCUCCUAUCCGGUCAUCUACGUGGUCUGCACCCUACCGCUGGCCUCGGCUCGUAUGGCAGCAAUGGGUGGAAACCCACCUUCACAUGCUCGACUUUGUCUUGCUGGCUUGAUGAUAACGUCGAACGGAUGGCUAGACGUUCUUCUAUAUACUCUGACUCGCCGUAUCAUGGUCUUCUCCGACGAACCUCCACCAGACGAUGACGGAUUUGAAACAUUUUCUCCUUUCUGGUCCAUGGGCCCCAGCCGCUUCGGCGGCUCCUGCAAGAUCGAGGCUGAUGCACCCACCUCGAAGCAUCGGCCGGGCCGCUCCAUUGUGUCACUGCCCACUCGAAACGAAAGCAUCGAGGAUUUGUGUAGUGUGGGCAUGGGCAAGAUGGACAUCAAAUUGGUCACCACAACACAAGUCACCAAUGAGCCCGCCAUGCCCGAGGAUUUUGAAGAGAUGGAGGAGCUGGCUCGCCAGAUGAGACCCAAGACGCCGGUUGGGAGAUGGAGCGAAGACAGCAAACAAUGGGUCGUUGUACCGGAUGAGUUUCUGAAUCCCGAUGAUCGUCGAUGA